UUGAGGCGGCGGUUCCGUUGCUGCCGUUAGGGGUGUAGGGGUUUGCGGCGGAGAGGAGAGGAGAGGUGAGGUGAGGUGGGGCGGGCUCCGCCGCCGCCCCUUUCUGGUCCCCUCUCGGUUUCUCCUCGGCGGGGCCUUCCCCCCUCGCCUCCGCCAUGCACCCUGUUUUCCAGAGCAGCCGGCGCGACUUCACCUUCGGGCCGUGGAAGCUGAGCGCCGCCCGGACGCACAUCAUGAAGUCCGCGCAGGCCGAGAGGUUGGCUGAUGAAUUACACAUGCCUUCCCUGCCAGAGAUGAUGUUUGGAGACAAUAUCCUAAGAAUACAGCAUGAUCAUGGUUUUGGAAUUGAGUUCAAUGCAACAGAUGCUUUAAAAUGUGUCAAUAAUUGUCAAGGUAUGAUCAAAGUGGCUUGUGCAGAGGAGUGGCAAGAGAGCAGGAGUGAGACUGAGCACACUAAGGAAGUUGUCAAGCCAUACGAUUGGACUUACACAACAGACUACAAAGGAACUUUGCUGGGAGACACUGCGACAUUAAAGGUUGUUCCUACAACAGAACACAUAAAUACAGAGAAAUUGAAAGCCAGAGAACAAAUUAUGUUUUUUGAAGAAGUACUUCUCUUUGAAGAUGAACUUCACGAUCAUGGAGUAUCAAGUUUGAGUGUAAAAAUAAGAGUCAUGCCUUCCAGCUUUUUUGUGCUGUUGAGGUUUUUCUUGCGCGUUGAUGGAGUACUUAUCAGGAUGAAUGAUACGAGGCUUCAUCAUGAGGCUGACAAGGCCUACAUGUUGCGAGAAUAUACAUCCAGAGAAAGCAAAAUCUCAAGUUUAAAGCAUGUUCCACCUUCUCUGUUCACGGAACCUAAUGAGAUCUCUCAGUAUCUACCCAUAAAGGAGACAAUCUGUGAAAAACUAGAAUUCCCAGAGAAACUGGAGCCUAAGCCAGAAGCAUCACUGGAAACUGUGUGUGUUAAGUCUAAAUAAAUGUGACUUUAUAUGGACUUGAAGUACACUGGAGAUAAUGUGAGCAUGUAACCAUUGCCAUGGGGGGCGGUUUCACUACAAGUGGAAUAAAGAAUUUGGCUAAUUUUUCUGUAGCCCUGAGAGAAAACAUUUCAAGGAGGUUUUGCUAAUUGUGUUUUUUGUUUGUUUGUUUUUUUAACCUGUAUCUGGAGUUAAUGAUAGACUGGAGGUGAGUUACAGUCUUCAGCGGCAUUGGAGAAAGGCUCUCAUGAUAAAGAGUCUGGGUUCUGUUUAGUUCACCAGUUAAGCAGGAGUAUUGUCUGGACCCUCCACCACAAACACUUCUAUGAAGAUUUUGUUAUUGCUGCUUCAGAUACUGAGAGACUACUGGAGUCAUAAAAUUGGCAUGAUUUUAUUUUUAUUGAGAAAUCAUCCAUGGUAAAAAAAAAAUAAAAUAUUCCUCUGCAUUUAUUUUGAACUGUCAAUCCUAAACUACACGUUUUGCUUGGCUUCCCCUACUGUGGGCUGAUAACCAACUUAAUUACUUUUUGGAGCCUCUGAUCCAGACUGUAAUUUAAUAAUAUUUAUUUCAUCUGAGGGUUUAAGGAGCAAAAGAGAAAAAAAACUUGUAUUUGUUUGACACUAUUUAAAGGUAAAAUUACCUUAUUUGUGCGACAUUAACUCCAGAGCAGGAAAAAGCUGGAAGCUUAGAGACACACACACUGGGAAGUCUCUUCACAAAUACUAGUUUAAUCUGAUGUCAGCCAGAUUUCUCUAGGCACUUCUGGAGACUAUGACUUGGGGUCCGUAUGCUGCUACAGUCACGUACUGUACUGGAAAUGCUUUGUACUGUAUUGACCUUUUGUUGGACAUGUUGGCUGGUGUCGGUGUAUGAUGGUUAUACCGCCCUGACAGUCACACUGCUAAAUUGCAGGGUGGGUUAUGUCUGGGGAAGAGAGGGGCGUUCAGUCUCUAAUGCCUAAAGGAUGCUGGUGUUUGCCGUCCGAUGUAACCUUUAAAGGAUGCUAACAUGUAUUCCAGAUACAUAAUUUGGGUUUAUUUUUAAAAUUUUUCAAGUUCUGAUACUAAUAGAAGUGUGAUCACAUGUAUAGUCAUGGGUUUAACUCAACACAUUGUAGAUUAAACUUUUAAAUAUUUGUGUUGAUUUUGGAAAGCCUAAAUUAUAUGUUAAUGGUUUGGCCUAAGAAUGAGGGAGCUGAACAGACUUGUCUAGGUUUACUGCUCACACUCAACGAAGUGCAAGAAGCAAAUAAGUAGUGAAAAGCAGGCCUUGUGGUUUAAGGUGAUGGCAGAUAAGAAUAUGUAUGCAUUCUGAUGUCUUGGAGUUUUUUGUUUAAAAAUCUUCAUAUUCUACACUGCAUGACUUAAUAGAAGCAACCCACUCCAAAAACCUGAUAUUUAACCGGGUCUUCUGAGAAAUGGUUUUCACCUAGAGAAGACACUGAGGUUUUUAGGAAAAAAGUCUACUGCCAUUUAAGUGACUGUCAUCUUAAUAAAAACAACAGCUUUUUGUUUCAUAUUUGAGGCAGCCUGGUCUAAUAAAUCUAUCAUAAGGUUGAAAGGCAGGAACUAACUGCAGUUUUUCCUGUGUCACUGAUUUACUCUAACCACAGGGAAGUGACUUCUCUGUGCCUCAGUUCCCUGUAUGUAAAAAUUAGGGUUAAUACAUGCCUACCUCACUGAGGGUUUGUGAGGAUUAUUUUGUAAAAAGUUACUGAUUUGAAUAUUUUUUUCUUUCCUGACUACACCUGCAGCCUUAUCUUUGGAAUCCUUUGAAAAGGAUUACUGUUAAAAAUCUUAUGAUCCAUAGGAUAAAACGAGCAAACUGAAAUUAAAACAGUCUGACAGAAAUUAUUAUCAACCAGACAUGAUCUGAGUGAGUGAAUUUAUGGCCACUUUGAAAUAGGGGUGAGGUCCUCUAUGUUCCCCAUUAGAAUCUUAAAUUCUGUUGGCUUUUUUCAUCCUCCUGCACUUCUAGUGUCAGGAUGAAGAAGGGGCUGCAAAUGAAUGCAGCAUGGAAGUGAUCAAAAUUCAUUUAUUAAUAGAUUAUUUAGGUCCACUCCAGUCAUAGAGGGAUAUGGGAGAAAAUGGAAGGGAACAACAACUGGGGAUGAAGAGAGAUUUUGUUGGUGGAUGUAAAUCAUGGCACUUCUUUUACUCUAAACAUAUAUUAUUUUACAUGCCUUAAAGGCUUAUAAAAACACACUUUCAAGCUGGUAGUGACAGAGAGGGGAGCUGAUGCAGUGCUCACAUGAGGGAAACUAUAUCUGCAUUCAUUAAUUAAAUCUGAUUUGGGUUUGGUCAGUGAUGCUAACAAACUCCAUUGGGCUAAAGUACAGCAGAGGGGGAACCCCACAGAAUCGACACUUGGCGCUGGAAAGGGUGCUCUGCAUGUUUAGCUUAUACUGUGUAUUUUAUCUUGUCCAUCAUACAUACCAGUGUGUGACCUGUUGAUACAGUUGUCUUGAAUGGACUUGAAUCCUGAAUAUAUAGAUACGUGAUAUCCAUCUAUCUCGGGUGCUGUGCAUUUAAGUGGAACAUACGUGUUGGGGAGAUCACAAGAACAUGUUAAGGAAGUUACAGUUAGUACAAAGUAAAACUUGGGGCGCUUUGUGACUCUCUAAUACCACACAGAUUACCAAGAGGCAGCAGCAUAAACCAGUGUACUGCAAACGCUCCGGUACAAAUUUUUCCUCAGAAAAGUCCCACUUUGGAUACAUAAUCUUAGGGGGAGGGAGUGGGGUGAUUCUCCAGCUCUUUUGUGGCAAGUUCAACAUGUGGCAGUUUAUAUACCUUCUUGUAUGUCGCUAAAUAAAAUGUACCAAACAUUUUAUAGUUCUGUUUUUAUCUGAGCGAAAUAAACUGAAAUAACUA